CGGGUCGCGGGUGCUUCGCUCGCUGUUUGUUUUUUAUUUAUUUGUAUUUAUUUUUUCCACUUGCUGUCAGCGGAGAUUUUCACGCACACCCCUUUGAACGGGAAGCGCUUCCGCCCCAGGGCUGGUCUCCACAGUGCGCCGCGGUCCGGGGGAGGGGUCGCGGUUACGAGAGGCGUCCCUUCGCGCAUCCAAAACAAACAAAACGGCAAGGCCCUCAUCUACUGUACUGCUUACUCACAGCGACUUUAUAUAUAUAUAUAAAGAGUUAUAUAUUUGAUACCGAUGAAACCUUGCCGGUAUCAGGCACUGGAUUGCCGGUUGCAUUGUCACGCGUUUCACGCCCCCACGCCCCCACUCGUGACGCGGCCCAGCGAUACACAGCCGGAGCAGCUUGAACCCGGGACCGCAGCCAUGCACAGCUCCGGAAAAGAGAAGGAGGCCAAGACAUGUUCGGGUGAGUGGGGAUGCGGGGUGAGGUGUCCGAGCCUCGGCUGAGGCAACCGCAGAAAGCCCGGGGAUGCAGGCCCUUCACGGGGGUCCUCCAAGCUGGAAGAAGCCUGUGAGAUGAACGCCAGAGCAGCCAACAUGUUCAAAAUGGCAAAGAACUGGAGCGGUGAGGCCCUGCCUUUCUCUCUCCGCGGAGAGAUCGCUCACACUGUGUGCAAACUGGUCAAGAAACUGCUGGACGCGCACGAGGAGCAGAAUGUUGAUGCCUUCACUGAAUCGGUUAAGGAGUACGACACAAUCUCUCGACUGGACCAGUGGCUGACGACCAUGCUGCUCCGAAUCAAGAAAACCAUUCAGGGAGAGGAGAGCGAUCUGCGCUAGAAACUGAACUGUCUCCCCUCCCCCUCCCCUCCAUCUCCCCCAGCAAAACCGCAGCACCUUUCAACCAAAAACCAAGCAGCAGCAAAAGGGAGAAGCUCACCCGUCGCAGUUCCUUUAACCCUUCGUUAGCGCUGGACACUCGAUUUUCAGUAUUUCCUGCACGGCGGGAUGCACAGCGCAGUGGCGAGGGCGAUUCUCUGAGUUCAUCUGUUAGACUAGUGCGCCAUCUGCUGGGGAGUCUUUUGAGGAAACGGAGGGGGGGUAGAAAACGGAGCUUCCCAGUCAGUAUUCUUAGGAACAUCUCAUAUUUCAGGGAAGUGAAUGAUUUUUAAGCUUUAAAAAAAUUAACAACAAAAAAAAAAAUAGAAUUGUACUUUCUUUCACCUCCUCGCAAUGUAAAUGUGGUUUUGAUCGGGUCACCUUCCAGCACUGGAUGCAGUGUAGCAGCUUGUCGAUGUGUUGGUUUUAAAGGCUAAUGGUUUUCAGCCACUCCCUUAAGUGAAGAAAGCAGUUUAACACAGUACCACAGUAACACGUGUUCUAGCCAUUGGGAGCGACAAACUCCGAGCUGCCUUCUCUCAGAGUGCCACUAGAGGGCGCCAAAUACCAACUUUCCUUCUCUAUUUCAUCGUAUUAUUGUUGUGCAUUGUAACCAUAGCGAUUAUGUAUUGUGUGAGUAUCCUAUCUAUCUAUCUAAUGUGUGUGUGUGUGUAUCAUUUUGCGUGUUGCUGUUUGAUUUCACGUUUAGAAAGAAGAAUCAUUUCUGCAUGUUUGUCUCAUUUUGUUUGUGCUUGGGAGGUUUCUGUCGCGUUGAUUUCCUUAGGCUGCGCCUAAUCGUUUUUGUUUUUUUUAUUUUUCUUGCCAGAGUAAAAUAAAUAAAUAUAUCGCAGUCCA